AUGGUGAAGAAAUCGGAAGAUCAGCUUAAUGAAACUUUCGAUCGAUGUCUUGCAGAUACAGCACUGAAGACUGUAAGUGCUGGGACCGUUGGUUUAAUAACUGCUGCAAUAUUUAAAAGGCAUUUUCCACUUUGGUUAGGCGUAGGCAUGGGUUUCGGUAUGGGUAUUGCCAACUGUCGUCACGAUAUGAGAAAGUCAUUCAUACACUUUCAACAAGAUUCGGAACAAAAAUCGAGUCUUAAAAUGAUUGAGGAAUCUGGAAAUACAGAUAUUCAUCCUCAGUUAAUUCUUAGGUUUGCUUUUGGAAGUUUGCUUAUUAGUCUUUCCAUGGAUGAAAAACGGGUCGAUUGUCUUGAUCUUUUAGCAUUUCAGGACAUAUUGAAUAAAUUACGAAAAAUCGAUGAUAAAAUAUUGUUUGAACUAAACACUGCACUGCCUAGCGAAUCAUUUGCUGUCAAUGUGGACAAGGGCGAGAAAUGCCGUUCAAUUUAUAAGGAGAAAGGUGAAGUUCCAAAUCAACGCCUUCAUCGUAGAAAGUCCUGA